AUGUCUGGCAGUAACACAUCCAGGACCCGUCCGCCACCUUACAACGAUCCGUCCGGCAAUGGUAGUGCGACAAGACUCAAAGAAUGUUUUGCGAACCUCGUAAAGGACCAACUUGACAUCCAAGAGCUCUUCAAGUCGGUCGCCGGAAAACUGGAGACGACGCCGCAGAUUGGCGAGUGUCACACUUUAUGUGAGGAAUGGAACAAGCUGCGCCAGAGUCAUCGGAAAGUAUAUCGCGACUCUCAGCAUAACGCUGGACAGUGCGCAAGCUUCCUAAAUAACUAUGUGGAAGUCAUCGUUCCAUUGUCCCAAUCUCGUCUACCACUGAAGGACAAGAAGCUGAUGAUCAUGAAGUUCAUAGAGGCAAUCACGGCGCACCAGGACCGUGCCAGGAAGUCUGCAGCAAAGUUCCACGAGAUCGGGAAACAAGUCGAGAUCUUCCAAUUGAAGAUUGCUAGCGCGCUCAGAGGCCAAGCAGAACCCAGUGGGUUUUUCCAGUCUGUCUGGUCGGGUUUCGAAGAGAUAUGCAUGUCGAUCUGGCAGGCACUGUACAAACUGCUCAAGGCGAUUGUUGACUCUUUCCAUUCGAUGCUCGCACGCAUCAGAACGAUCCGAUUCUUCUGCGGUAUCCGUGUAGACAUAGAAUUUGAACGCUAUUGCCAAGUGUCGUCGGAGACGCACGAGAUACCUACCAAGGUGACCGCGCAGAAAUUCAAGGAAGAGCUCAAGGAAUUGAGCGACAAGCUCAGCAUGUUUGAGGAAGCGUGGCACACAGUGCGAUUAUGUUGUUCAGACCUGUUGACUACUGUCGCCAUGGCCAAUAGUCUGACGUCCGUCCCUGCUGCUUGCGACAAGCAUCUAGAGUCGGCCGGAGUGGUAGGAUCGCGUGGUGUGGUCUCCGCUUGGUUUUGGCUAGGUGCUAUGAAUUCAACGGCUCCUGUCUAUGAGUCAGCUGGCGUACUGUACGCCAACACCGACUUCACCCAGUUAAACUGGCUGGAGACACAAUGGGCUGCGUGGUACCUAUGGAUAGGAAACCCGGUCAUCGCGACGGGUCUCAUGAGCUUCCUCCUUCAUGAAAUCGUGUACUUCGGUCGCUGUGUCCCAUGGAUCAUUAUAGAUGCCAUUCCAUACUUUCGGAGGUGGAAGCUGCAGGCGGGCAAAGUCCCGUCCCCCAAGGAGCAGUGGGAAUGCACGAAACAAGUGCUGUAUUCCCACUUCACGAUUGAAUUACCCCUGAUUUGGUUUUUCCACCCUAUGGCCGAGAUGUUUGGCAUGUCAACAUGGCAAGUUCCUCUGCCUGCACUCAAGAUUAUGGUACCUCAAGUCGCAUUCUUCUUCGUCUUCGAGGACAUGUUCCAUUACUUUGCUCAUCAGGCACUUCACUGGGGUCCUUUGUACAAGCACAUCCACAAGAUUCACCACAAGUACUCUGCACCAUUCGGUCUCGCGGCGGAAUACGCUCACCCUGCUGAAGUCGCCAUACUUGGUACCGGUACCCUCGCUGGACCUCUGCUAUACUGCUUCUUCCGUGGUGACCUUCACAUCUUCACGAUGUACGUCUGGAUUACGCUUCGCCUCUUCCAAGCCGUCGAUGCGCACAGUGGCUAUGACUUCCCUUGGUCAUUACAGCACAUUCUUCCUUUCUGGUCCGGCGCUGAGCAUCACGACUUCCAUCACAUGGCAUUCGUGAACAAUUUCUCGACUUCAUUCAGAUGGUGCGAUCGCCUCUUCGGUACAGAUGACAAGUACCGCCAGUACUGUUUGCGCCGGGAGGCCAUGAAGAAGGCCAGUGCAAAUCAGAAGGAUUUCAUUGCCUUGGAGAAGAAGAUGCUGGCUGAGAUCGAGGCGGAGGGUGUCCAGGCUGAAGCCAUAGCUGAGUCGUAUCGCUAUGGCGAAAAAGAGAAGACCGCAUAG